AUGCAAGUGAAAAUCACUUCUAAAGGAUAUGAUGCUUUGAGCUGUCAUGAAGCCAUUCAGUGGAUCUCAGAUGGCGGUGAACGCGAAGAAACACCUUUUAAAAGUGGGAGAGGACAUCUUCGCUCUUCACUACCACAUCUGUCUAAAAUCGGAGCACGACAAUAUGGGCUGCUAGCAGAAGAACAGAUGCGUAGAAGAGGAGAAGAUAUUAGAUAUGCGCAAGAACUCAGUCGACUCGCAAAAGAAAAGCGCGAUGAGAAUGAAUACCAGGAAACUAAAAUUUUGAUGUUCAACUGCAUUGCGAAUGGCGUACUUAACAUGAACAAGAUAGCGACGGUUAUUUGCAGUCUAAAAGGUCGAAAUGCCCUGAAUCGAAAGGCUUAUGAUGAAUUUGUUCACUCGGAGCAAGCGAUGACAGCGAUUCCACGCUUCGAUGAUCUAAAUGUCAGAGAUGACAAAAACGAUAUUUGGUAUAAUAUUUUGGCAGACAGACUGCAGUGUGAAAUUGAUCGUGCGCGUAUCCAUCAAAACGCAAUGAAAAUGCAGGCCAGAAGCUAUUACAGACUUCAGGAAGUAAAGUUUACAGGAGAUACCACAAUUAAGAAAAGCGACGAGAACUUCGAAGGACGAGAACAGGGAUGA